AUGAUGCUCAAUGCCCUCUCCAACAGGUCCUACAGGCUUGGCUUGGCCGCUGCCGCAGGGAUCCUUACCAUAUUCUUCUUCCUCUGGGGUUCGGGCUGGAGGACAGAGACGAUACAGAAGCCCUGGCAGAGAAAGCCCUUUGAUCAUGUCGAAAUCUCGGAAUAUGCCCACCGACUGCCCUACGCGGACGCCUUCCUAGGACACAACGGAAAGGACGAAGGGGGCAAAUAUAUAUACGGUCAUUUUGAUAAUGUCACGAUGCUGCCUACUGUCACGAUGUCGGAAGCGAAAGCGCCUUGUCAUUGGGAUGAUCCGUCCAAGGUGAAUUUUGCUUUCGGUGAGGAGUCUGGAUGGGGCAUGGAUUUGAGCUGGACGACUACGGAUCGAGGAGAGAGGGAGUUGAGGACUAUGCGAAACCAGAUUUACGACUUCAUCAGCAAUAAGAACAACAGUCUUAUCCCUUACGACUUCUACGCGGACCGCUUCGAGGGACGAGGAAUUGUCAUCGUGGGAGGUCAAGGCCGGAGUCUGAAACGAGUGCGGGUCAUCUUGAAGCAGUUGAAGCACCUGGGAUGCAAACUGCCAGUCGAGCUCCACUACUGGGGCGCAGAAAUGGACACCGCCGCUCGCAAGGAACUGUCCACAAUGUGGCACGACAUCACCUUCAGCAACAUUGCCAACCCGGCCAACAUCAUGGGCAGCACGUACAACCGCAUGUACGGAAUCCACUACCAUCUCAAAAUCGCCGCCCUCAUCAACGCCCGCUUCGAAGACAUCCUCCUCCUCGACUCGGACAACAUCCCCGUCAUCGACCCCGACCAACUCUUCGACUCCCAAGUCUACAAAGAAUACGGCACCGUCUUCUGGCCCGACAUCCAACGCACCCGCGCCAAUAACCCCCUCUGGCCCAUCACAAACACCCCCUGCCGCAGCGUCGAAGAAUGGGAACUCGAAUCCGGCCAACUCCUCGUCAACAAGAAGAAAUUCUUCUACCACCUCCAGCUCGCCGGCUGGUUCAUCGACCCGGACACCGAACACGGGAAUUACUUCCACCACGUCAUGCUGGGCGACAAGGACACCUUCCGCUUCGCCUGGCACGCCCUCAAGACCAAAUUCGGCGUCCCCUCGCGCUGGAUCACCAGCGUCGGCACUUACAACGACGGCUUCUACUGCGGCCACACCUUCGCCCAACACCAUCCGGACCCAGGCGGCCCCGUCGCCUUCCUACACGGCGGCCUCCUCAAGACCAUGCGCCGCGAAGUCGUCGUCUGGCAGAAAGACACCAACGGCGGCAUCUUUCAGUACUACAAGCGAGAUCCCCACGACGAGGACAAGACGAGCAACACCAACGUCGGCAUCAAGUGGGACGCGCAGGCCUACCUGCCCAAUAAACCAGCAGGCAUGGAAGCGGGCUGGUGCACGGAUUUCUUCGAUCUCGAACCCCGACCCUUCUCGGAAGUCGUGCCGGCGAGUCAAUUUUCGGAUCACGUGUUUGAGGAGAUUGGGGGUUAUUGGAUGAUUGAGGAUGACACGCCGGUUAGUAUUACGGAUGGGAAUCUGUGA